AUGAACCACAGCACGCGACACCCGCAGUUGGACCAGCCUCAGGAUAAUCCAGUGACUCUGAUCGUGAGUCUCUCGGAGUCUGCGCAGGGUCCGUUCAUUGCAGCAACCAAACAGUCCAAAGCGACUCCCAGGUGUGAAGCUCACGAGCUAUUCCGUCUUUCUGGGGUCGUCGAUCCUGGAAAUGUGUGUCCAACAUCUGCCGAUAACAACAGCACAAUGGCACACAAAUUUUGCAAGGGCAUGCCUAUGAGCCCUCAAGCCGUCGACGAGUACUGGCAAAAGCUCGAGAUCAAUGACCAGAGAACAAAAGACGAAGUGGUCGCGUGGAUCCGCCAAAUCCACGGCCGAGUAUAG